AUGAGGGAGAAGGGUGGGACAUGUGGUCCGUGGAAGCUCAUCGCACGCACUCUGCUUCGGCACGACAUCGAGCGGACGGAUAGUGUACGGAGUAGAGCCCUCCAUGACCUCCCGCCGGACAUGAUACUCAGUGCCGAGACACGGCUCACCGAGCAGCAAAGCAGGCUUGCGACUCUGCACAUGGAAUUGCUAAGCAAUGCCAUCUCUGUAGAUGUGACCCGGCUUGACUGGUCUGAUACGGUGCCGAAGACCGAUAUGCCCGCGUCAUCGAGUGCUGAGGUUCCGAGGGGUUGCGGCGGCCCCGUUCGGUGA